CGGGCCGGCCUGGCGUGUUGGGCCCCGCGGUGUCCAUGGUGACUGCAGCCGCCGGCCAGCGCUGGGUCUCGAGGGGCGGGGCCAGCCGGCAUGUACGACCGGGCUCCGCGGGCGCUCACUCAGCCUGCGGCCGGCACCGAGGCGCAUGUCGGGCCCGGCUCCUACCAGCUGCAGCCCAGGAAACAGCAGAAAGCAGAUGGGUAUGCUCCAUUUCUUUCUUUGACAACUCGAGACUCUGCAUUUACUAUUCCAAAGGCUGAGAUUGAUGUUCCAGGACCAGGAUGGUAUGAUAUUUCCAAAGUGCAGAAUAAUAUAAAAGGUGGUAAGAGUCCACAGAACAAAGAAGAACGUUUCAAGGAGAUCAUUACAGACACUCCAGGACCUGGAAGCUAUAACCAACCUCCUGCAAUGGGGUUAGAGAUUAAUAACAGGAAGCAGAAAGAGCAUAAAGAACAUAGUCAACUGAGGACUGCUGGCACUACAAAAGUAUACCGAAAAGUGGAUGGUCCCUCUAUCCCUUCUCCAGGCCAAGCAUUUGGGUAUGAAGAAGCUGAGGAUGGCACUCUUAUUAAACAAUACCCACCUCAAAGAGAUGUGACAUUAGGCCCAGCAUACUAUCAACCAGUAAUUAAUGGUACGUAUUCUGCCAUGAAGUAUAAAGGAGUACAUUUUGGUAAUUUAACAGGAAAACGUAGUGAAUUUAAGGCUCAAGCAGGACCUGGACCUGGAGAGUAUGACAUAACUCCGGAAACUGCACUGCAUUAUUGGAAUGUCAACAUCAAAAAGGAAGACAAGAAAAAAUAUGAACCCUAUGUCCCACGGUAUCAUGAAGUAAUAGUAUUACAGGAAGAAAAGAAGGGUGUUCCAGGACCUGGACAAUAUGAAAUAAAAAGUCAGUUUCAGAAGGUGGAGAAUAUAACACAGAAUGGAAAUGAAGUUCCACGUGCUCCUUUUCUUUCACAGUCCAAAAGGUUUGUACAUGUGAAAUCAAUCACCCCAGCUCCUGGUACAUAUAAUGAACCACGCUCAGCUCUUGAAUCCUUGAAUAAAACAUCAGGAAUGAAAAAGAUCCCAUUUGGUCAAACUACAGUUCGGUUCACUCAAGACUCCAGGCUAGAAAAAACACCAGGUCCAGCUUUCUAUGAUAUUCUCAACUAUAGUAUUGAAAGAGAGAACUUUAAAAAAGCUUACUUGGAGAGUACAAAAAAAGGAGCAUUUGGAUCUUCAGCACCUCGACCUUUAUAUGUUUUUAAGAGGGGAACUUUCUGUACUCCUGGACCAGCUGAUUAUCAGGGCAAAAGAAGCACCGAAAAAUCACAUAAACAACAUAAGCAGUUACCUGUUUUCUUGUCAUCAACAGGAAGAACUCCAGUAGCUGCCAUG